ACUAUGCCUUCUUCAUAGAUACAUUACAUCGCAAAACGAGGUAGGUAGCCAGUAGGAACUAGGAAGUAGUCUACAAUGUUAGAGACUAGAAGUUCAAAACAAGCAUUUAGAAUAUAUUGACAAGCAUAUGAUCCUCCCUUUCAAUGGUUGGCAAUACGCUGAUCAGGGUAUUUAUCAGCUUCAUAAAGCAUUCACCAAAGUGUAUGUACGUAGGAGUACUCUCCAUUUGAGCAUUUGUUAGCAAUUCAGAUUAGUUUUCAGAGGUUUUAAUAAUUUAGCAUCUUGUUCAAGAAACUUCUUUUAGGCUGAUUUAAUUUUCAAUUAAACACUUUGUAAAUGAACCUAGACUAGAAGGUUAGUGAGUUAUUCUUUCAAGAAUAUCACUCAUUUUGCUCAGAAGCUUUGGAGGUUCGCCAAGAUUUCGUAGCCAAUAGGCCUGUCCAUGCAUACCAGGCUAGUGAAUGAACUAGCUUCUAGAGGAUCAAGAUCAAGUUGCCGAGGCAACAUCUGAAACAUGAUUUCUCUCCCCCUCAGAUUCGUACACUCGUGGCCAAGAGCAUCCCUUCUUUGCUGGUCUGUUAAGAGGUAAUGAAAGUGGCAGCCGGAGUAUUUCUCGUUCAACAUCAGAUAUUGGAGAUUUCAGAAGUAAAAUUUUUUCAGAUAUCUCUGGAAAGUCCAAGGACUUGCCAAUAAAGGAUUCUGUCUCAGACAUUCUUGAACCCUUCGAGCUUGGAAGAUUCCUACAUCAACCUCUUUCGAAUUCCAAAGUUCUCAAUUUGAUUCCAGCGUUGAUUCAGGCGGUACAAAUGAUUUAGUGAAAGUAUCCAGUCCCGAUACCUUUGAAACAACUGAAGCACACCAAAGUGUGCCUGUCCUAGCAAGACCUAUUGUUGAAAAAUGAUUUGUUCUGAACUAAAGGAAAUCGAACCUGUCGAAGAUUCCGCCUCCUCCGUCAGCCGCAUCAUUUUAUAAUGGAUAUUCCCCACAAUUUGAAAUUUUGGAAUCAUGUGACAGCACUAUGAGGCUAAAUUUAUACUUGAAAGCUAGAAAGAACGAUGUGAGUGGCGGUGUUCCGGGAAAAUUCUUGCAUGCUGUACUUGGCCAGGAUGUUUCAGAUGUUGGAUCCUUAGCUUCAAUCAUCAUGUAUGCUUUCUACUUGAACGAAACACUCGAAAGUGACGAGUUCUGCACUGUACCUAUCAUUAAUAUGAAGAGGGAAGACCUAAGUUCUCAUGCAGAAGUAAAAUGGCUGCUGGAUUCAUGUCAUUUUGAUGAGUCAUCCUUGAUCUUUGUAGAUGAGUAUCCUCCAGUACUGCAGAAUCAAGCUUUUAGUUGAAUGACUGGUUACAUUGAGCGGAUUGAUCUUUCAUAUAAUGAUCUGUUUGGGUGUCUCAAGUUAGAUCUACAGAAUGGACACAAGCUCCAAACAAGACAAGUGACACUAAAGGAAGCGGUCGUUGAAGUAUUCAACUGCAGAAAUGCGCAUUUUGGUGAAUCUGUGUAUCCUUGGGUUGAGAAUGUUACUCUUGGUCAGGACUGCUCAUGCUGUACCCUUAUUGCUGAAAAGUUGUUCUUGACUUCACCUGAGCUAUUGGCUUGGCAAGGAUUCAGCAGACUUAUGUUAGCUGGCAUCCUAAUGGACACUGGAAAUCUUACUAGUCCUCAUUGCACAACGAAAGACAAGUACAUGGCUACUUUGUUACUCAAUGGUGCUGGUCGCUUUGGAUCCAAUGGUUUUUACCAGAUAAUGAGAUACAAAAUGUAUGAUAUCUCUGAUCUUAAAGUAGUCGACAUAUUGCGCAAGGAUUUUAAGAAGUGGACAAGAGGAGGUAAGCCAGGUGCAACUAGUUCAAGAUUAAUCGUGUCAAACGUUGGGAUGAGUCCAUAGGCAUAUCAAUAGAGCAGUUUCUUGCUCACUAGCAUUCUUCAACAGAAGAAAUCAAAUAUUUCCAGCGGAGUAACUAAGCACACAUUAAUGCAAAUGCAGAAAUGCUGUCUGUUCUUGUGCUUUGUCCUUUUUAUUAUUAGCUCUUACAAUGUCUUCUAGUUAUAAACAUUACCUCCAUCACUUUAUAUGAUGUAGUUUGUUUACAACUUGCUAAUUAUAAUUUGUUGCUAAUUCUCAAGAGUUGGAGAAGCUUCGGUUGCUCAUGAAUGUAUCAGGGUAUUAUGAUGCUGAAAAGAACUUCAAGCUCUAAAGAAAUUAUUGGUUUUAUUAUUUUUGUUUAUUUAUUUACUGAAUUUCUGCUUAUGCAUAUUUUCGUUGUAACUUAUAGGGAGAUACUGGUCUCUGCUGAAACUAUGGAACUUAUGAGGAAUCUGCCCUCCAUCUUAAGUUCAAAUGCCUCCCAUCUGCCACACAAUGCUAUGCAUCAACCAGGUCUCAGAGUUGACAUGAAGGCAUUUGAUAUUGACAAAGUUACAUCAAGAAAGACUAUCGAGCGCCUCUUAGAAGAAUUUGGCGGGGCAUCAAAAGGCUAAUGUUGUUCAUGGACAAGAAGACAGCAAGAAUGCGGAUACAUAUUUGUUACUCCAAUGUGGAAAUACCUAAACCAAUUUGGUGAAAAUUCUAGUAAAUUCAAAGAAAUGCAUCGGGCCAUGGCUGCAGAAUUCAGUAUGAUGUAUAUUUUCUAAUGCAUAGAUAAAACAAGUCUUCAUAUUUUUGUUCAGUUACGCUCUUUGAAUUUGACAGACAUUGUUUCUCUC